GGUCUGCGUUUCUCUGUAGUCACGUCGACGUAACACGGGACAUCGUGGACGAGCAGCACCAGUACCAGCAGCAGUUAUGUGAAUCAGCUGGCCCGGACAAGGAAGGAAAGGGAUAACAACAACACGACUCAUUCUUUCUAAAUCAAGGCUCCAUCUGAUGAGGCGACAGGAUGGCGGAAGCAGAGGUGUCCACCCCUGCAAACCCCACCUGCAAGAUCAUGACCUUCAGGCCGACCAUGGAGGAGUUCAAGGACUUCAACAAAUACCUAGUUUAUAUGGAAUCUCAGGGUGCACAUCGUGCAGGUCUGGCUAAGGUGAUUCCUCCAAAAGGCUGGAAACCUCGCCGUACCUAUGAUGACAUCGAUGACUUGAUGAUCGACGCUCCCAUCCAGCAGAUGGUGGCCGGGCAGUCCGGGCUCUUCACUCAGUACAAUAUUCAAAAGAAGCCACUCAGUGUGCAGGAGUUCAGGCGACUGGCUAACAGUGACAUGUACUGCACACCUCGCUACCUAAACUAUGAAGAUCUGGAGCGUAAAUACUGGAAGAACCUCACUUUUGUUUCACCUAUAUAUGGUGCUGAUGUUGGCGGCAGCCUCUACGAUGAGGAUGUGGAGGAAUGGAACAUUGGCCACCUGAACUCUAUCUUGGACGUAAUUGAAGAGGACUGUGGUGUGUCUAUUCAAGGCGUCAACACUCCAUAUCUGUACUUUGGCAUGUGGAAAACCACCUUCUCCUGGCACACAGAGGAUAUGGACCUCUACAGCAUCAACUACCUUCACUUUGGCGAGCCCAAAUCCUGGUAUGCCAUUCCCCCGGAGCAUGGGAAAAGACUGGAACGCUUAGCUACUGGUUUCUUUCCUAAUAGCUUCAAAGGAUGUGAGGCUUUUCUCCGUCACAAGAUGACUCUAAUCUCGCCCUCUGUGCUGAAGAAGUAUGGCAUUCCUUUUGAUAAGAUUACGCAGGAGGCUGGAGAGUUCAUGGUCACCUUCCCUUAUGGAUACCACGCUGGCUUCAAUCAUGGUUUCAACUGCGCUGAGUCGACAAACUUUGCAACUGUACGCUGGAUCGACUAUGGCAAAAACGCCAGACAGUGUACUUGCAGUAAAGAUAUGGUCAAAAUAUCCAUGGAGCCAUUUGUAAAGCGUUUUCAACCAGACCGCUAUGCCAGCUGGAUGCUGGGCAAAGAUUCAACAGCCAUUGACCACACACGAGCCACUCCCAGUACAACACCUGAGUUGCAGAGUUGGUUGCAGAGGCGCUGCAGGACAAAAUCCUCCAAUAAAAGCAGCUGCCACUUUCGAAUGCGUUCAAAGCGUCUCAGAACUACGGGGGAGCCUGUUGCCCUGGAUGACAGUUCUUUGUGCAGCAGCAAGAGGAAAGGCCUUUGUGGUCCACCUGGGUCCAAACUGCGACGGUCUGUCGGGGAAACAGCCUGUCUGUCCGAAAGGUCAGAGGAGGAGGAUGAGAAAAGUGGAGGAAGGAAGACGAAACACUGUCAAAACUCUUUUCAGCUUCCUGGUCGCUGUAGGCAGAUGUGUGUCGUCAAGGUAAACAGAGUAGAGAGCAACAGUUUGGGCUUUUCUACUACGGAUCCCAAAAAAGCUCAGUCCAGUCCUGCUUCCUCAGCAAAACAGGACUUGAAGGCCGAGACUGACACAGAGAGUGAUACUCGACACCUCUCUCAUUCAGAGAAUAGGUCUCCUGAAAGACUUGGAGAUCGGUCAGAGCCAACUCAAAUUCACAAAGGAAUUAACAAGUCGCCGUGUUGCCCUCCUGAACCUCAAGACCUCUUAAUUUCUCAGGACCGUUCUACUAGGGACCCUCCCAAGGCGAACGCUGAACUCACCUCCUCCAGUACCUCCACUGAAACAGGAAUGUGCUUGUGUCCUCUUGAGUCUGAUGUUCAGAUUUCAAACCCCUUAAGUAGCCCAGAACCAAACACUAACAGCAGCAUUGACAUAGCGUCAGAAAAAUCACACACUUUUCACCAAAAACAUAUCCAUCCGCAAGGCACUACAGCGGAAGCACCAGAGCCGAAACUAGUAGAGGUAGACACCUCUACGUCAUGCGUCUUUUCCUCCUCUUUAGUACAGGACCAUCUGUUAAAAAACACUGAGGAGGAUGUUUGUCCUCCAUUGCUACAAAGGAGUGCAGUGGAAAUGCCCCACCUCACCCCAGAGCCAGCAGAUACAUUUGGCAUCAGCCCUCUACCGCCAGUAUUGACCCAAGAGAUGCCCUCCCUCACACCAGCUGAGGAUGGGCUAACUGAUGCCACAAAAUCAAGCACGUGCGCCCACCGCUUUGCACCUGUGCUGCAGCGGGAGACAUCAGCAAGCCGUCCAUCCUCCCAUGAAGCCCAGCAGGAAGAGAGUGAUUCACGGCAUUGUAAAGAACAUGCCAAUAACUGGCAUUCGGAUUGUGCAGGCAGAUUAGAAAGCACAGCGGUUUCAAGGUUAGAAAGUAAUCUAUCUAACAGUGACACUCACAAAACAUCUGCUGUUGUCCAUGAAAGUCAGUUCAUGUCAGAAGUUGAUGCAAAAAAGCACACAGUGAUGAUGAAUUUUAGAGACAUUGGCACCUCUCAUGAGAACGUAGAACCCCAAAUAGAACAGCAUUCCAUUUUAACAGAGGUAGCGCCAAAUGAUCACAAGCUAGUCCAAAACAGUGUUGACCCUCUUUUGACUGAUAUGUCCCCACAGCACAAUCACUCUGAAUUACAGCAACCCCACUGUCCUCCUUACUGUACGCCACCUAGCCCACACACACAACUCAAAGAUGACCACAGCAGCAUUUGGAAUAACUUCAACUCACAGAAUCCUGCUGUUCUCACCCAAAGCGUCUCUUCAGAUCAACCUUCCGUCUUCACCCAUGACCCCAUACAUUACACUUUGUGGGCCGAGUCCCAGUGCAAAGAGGUAACACAUUUGGAUGACGCAGAUGAAGACCUUCAUGAAAGCCAAAAGGAGGAUGGUGGACCUCUUACCUGGGCUCAGCUAGAGCCCACUUCACUAGCUUCAGUCGGUGCUGCUGAGGAUAUGGAGUUUGGUGAAAAAUUUCCAAGCAGUGAAGUGGGCGGUGGUGGUGUUUCACCUCUGCUCAUGGAAGAAGAACAAGAUGGGGUGUCUGAUAUGGAGGAAGGGGAGUCUGACAUUGAGGGGCGCGACAACCCAAGUAGUGCCAAUGGAGGAAGCAGCAGUGACUCGUCUGAUGAGGAGGAAAGUGAUCCAAGUAGCUUUGAGUGUGAUUACUCAGUCUUGGAACCAGGGGAGGUGUGUCCUUACCCUGCACUGUCUGUAAAGAGGACCACUAAGAGCUGGCGUCUCCCACUCAGGAAACCCACUGCCAGGGCUGUACCCACUGCGGUCAAACAUCAGGCUGCCAGUGAUGAUGAGCCCCCUGAAGCAAGCCUCGCGGACGAAGGGGAGGAGCCAGAGAUAGAGGCGUGGGCGAAGCCGCUGAUCUACUUAUGGCAGAACAGAAAGAGUUGCUUCACAGAUGAGAAGGAGUACAACGCUCAUGCUGCCACCGUGCAGCCACACUGUGCUGUAUGCACACUCUUCAUGCCCUACUAUCAGGGGGAAGACAAAGCAGAGGACAGCAGGCCCAAUACAGCGGAGGACACAUCAGAGUCCUCGUCCCCUAACAAAGGCCCUGCACAUUGUUACCUGGGUCCAAGGAAAAGCAAGCCUCUCAUACCAGAGAUCUGCUUUUCUUUCCGUGAGCAAAACUGCCCCCCAACUCCCACCAACCCUCUGCUACAGGAAGACGGCACCUCACCUCUGCUCUACUGCCAGGGAUGCUGCCUUCAAGUACAUGCAAGUUGCUAUGGCGUUGCUGCGGAUGACGCCAGUGAUCAGUGGUCCUGUGAUCGCUGUGCAGAGGGCAUCUCCACAGCGGAAUGCUGUUUGUGUAACCUCAGAGGUGGGGCACUGAAGAAAACCCAAAAUGACAAGUGGGCUCACAUCAUGUGUGCAGUAGCACUGCCGGAGGCGAGGUUCAACAACAAAGCCAAACGGGGUCCCAUUGACACCAGUAUGAUCCCCAUGCAGCGCUACAAACUGAAGUGCAUCUAUUGUCGUAAGCGCUGGGCAGGCAAGCGGCAGGCGGGUGCUUGCAUCCAGUGCUCGUGCGGCCGGUGCCCCACCUCUUUUCAUGUGACCUGUGGCCAUGCUGCCGGGGUUGUCAUGGAGCCUGAUGAUUGGCCAUAUGUGGUGUCAAUCACCUGCCAUAGACACCAGUCACGGAGCUCUUCGGCUAAGCAGCGGGCGUCUCAAGCACCCAUCUCACUUGGCCAGACGGUCAUCUCCAAGCACAAGAACCUGCGCUAUUACAGCUCCAAGGUCACGCAGAUCACCUCCCAGAUGUUCUAUGAGGUCAUGUUUGAUGAUGGCUCCUUCUCCAAUGAUACCUACCCCGAGGAUAUAGUGAGCAGAGAUUGCGUCAACACGGGUCCUCCAGAAGUUGGGGAAGCUGUUCAAGUGAAGUGGCCUGAUGGACUUUUUUACGGUGCCAAAUACUUGGGAUCCAACGUGUCCUACAUGUACCAGGUGGAGUUUGAGGAUGGCUCUCAGGUGCUAGCAAAAAGAGACGAUGUCUAUACGUUGGACGAAGACCUGCCGAAAAAGGUGAAGCGCAGACUUUCUACAGCGUCCAGCAUGCGUUUCCAGGAUGCCUUCUUCACCACGCAAGGGGAGAGGAAACGGCAGCGAACGCCCAAUUCCCGCUUCCAAAAAGACUAUGUGGCCCUGCCUGACCUCCGUACGACAGCCAAAAGCACAUGGGAGCACAAAGAAUGCACCCACAAAGGGAAAUAAAAGUGAUGGUAGCCUGACAGAGACAAAUGAAUGCACUGAAGUCAUAGUCGAUGCGAAGUUGUGUGUGUGUGUGUGUGUGUGUGUAUGCUUGGGAACAUAUAUUUUUUUGAGCUGUAAACUAUUUCCCUGUGACCAGCAACAAGACAGCGGGAGGGUGCUUUGGUUCUAGCUGGAUGUUCUAAUGCAUUUGUAAAUUCUACAUCAGUGAUUUUGUGGAGGAGCUUUCUGAUGGGACAGUUGGACUUUACGGAGAAAAGGUUCACAGAGGACAUUGUCUCCUCUGUUGCCUCGUGCUUUUACAUCCAUCAGGGAGAAAACACAACAAACUGUGACUUUCCAUUUGUCACAACGUUUUCUUUUUACAUAAGAGAUGUAUUUUUUCCCCCCAUGGUAGUUGCAAUGAUUUUUUGAUUUUGAACCUGAAUGCACCUUGCUUUUGGUAUUUUCCUCAUGUGUCACCGCAUCUCUCCCCUGCAUGUUUAACACUGUCGCUUCACUGCUUCUCCAAGCGCACCACCCUGGCUUCCUCUCUGCUCUUCUCGUCUGCUUCUUAUUAAAUAUGGAUUAGGUUUAUUUUCCGAUUUGAUCAUGACCGAGAACGAAAACCGAUAACUGCUAAUAACUUCCAAAGGACAAAGAGACAAGACAGGAAACCAUGGCUGUAUGCACCCUAUUAAAACGUGGAACGCUACUCUGUUGAAUGAAAUUAUUUAAAAUUUGUAUUUAUUUUUGUGCUUGCUAUAGUUGAACUAUUGCUAACUGCUGUAAGGAAAAUAAAAGUUUUUUUUUUAAA